CGGGGUUUCGUAUAUGACACACCACUCAUCUCGUGUCACGCUUCUCAAGCUACGCAUAGUGCUCCCCUUAAGCCUAUGUUGGCCACACGCCACCCCUACUAAAAACAGACCUUUCAGCCUCCAAACUCUACGCUCUUCGUCUUCCCCAACUCAACAACCCGGUUCAGAAAAACAAAAAGGAAACAAGAAUAACCCUUACAAGGGCUGUGUUGGUAAAAAAGGGCAGCCCAGUGCACAUUGGCAUCCCUACUAGGCAAGGGUCCAGGUAAGGGUCCCACCACAAGCGUGUAUAAGGAGCAAGCCUUCCCUUGUCAUUUUUUACAAGAGGCUGCUCCCCAGACUUGAACCCGUGACCACUGAGUCACACAGCAACACCGUAACUGGUGCGCCAAGGCUCCCCUUCCGUACAGGGCUGUGUUGGCAAACUAUUGUGGAAGAACAAGAAAUAGAGUUUAAGGGGAUUCUGGCAAGUUGAAUCUUAUUGGUGAAAGAUGGAUUCAGAAGGUCCGGCAGCUCCAGUGAUGGAAAAGGGCAGCACUCCUCCAGAGACAGUUUUGACCGGGGAUCAUCUUACCAAGAAGAAGCAAGGGAAAGUUCCUAAAAGAGCUCACAAGGCAGAGAGAGAAAAAAUGAAGCGUGAUCAUUUGAAUGAUCUAUUUCUUUCUUUGGCCAAUGCUCUUGAACUUUCAGAACAAGUAAAUGGAAAGGCCUCAAUAUUGAUCGAGGCCACUAGAAAUGUGAAAGAGUUGUUAGCUCAAAUCGAGCAGCUCAAAAGAGAAAGCGAGGCUUUGUUGUCCGAAACCCAAUAUGUGAGCAUGGAGAAAAAGGAACUGGAGGAUGAGAAUUAUGUUAUGGAGGCAAAGAUUAGCGAUCUCCGAAGGGAGAUCGAGGAGAGGGCGGCAGCAGAAUCGAAUCUUGAUCUAAAUCUAGCUCCUCCGGGAUACAAGGAGCAGCAGAAAGCAGAAGUGAUGACGAUUAACCCAGUUUACGUUUAUCCCAUCUGUCCUAAUCCUGAACUUUACCAAGAUGGGGAGGACCCCGUCCCUUUACCCCCUUCUUCCGUGAGUAAACCCCGGGCUAGAUAUCCAUCUCCGUCUGAUGAAUGGUCGUCUCAGAUUCUUAACAAUCAUCCUCUGUCAGGGGAGGAACUUCAGGGUGGUAGCGAUAACAGUGGAUUUGUUAGGAGUUAGGCCUUAAUAGCAGCCAGCGUAUAUACGUUACAUGUAAUGUAGUAGACAAGUAGUUAACUAAUCGUCUUAAAAUGGCCUCAUUUUUGUGUUUAUAUUUCUGCUCUAAGAAUAUAAAGAUGAAACGGAUUACGGAGUAUUUAUUUUCUAUUUUUCUGGCUUACAUUUUAUCA